AUGUCGAACCCAUCCACGCAGACUCAGCCACAAGCUGGUUCGCUCGAUUCGGUCACUCUUGGCCAGCUGCGUAACCUGAUUGUUGUCGACAAGCCCAAAUCGCGCCAAUACGAUUUUCCCCUAAAUGCCGACGCCGAUUCGAUGCAGAACGAAAUCGACGAAUUCUACUCGUAUGUAGAAGUGCCUCAGACCGCCGAGAACAGAGCUGCAUGGGAGGAGUGGUGUGCCCUGCCCAUCAAUCUUCGCAACAAUGGCUAUUCUUCCACAAGCUCGGAUCUUGCUCGACAACCUUCUACCUCCUCCGCUCACGCUCAACAGGCGCAGCACACAGAAGCGCUAGGUCUUGGACUCAAUCUUAACAGUGACACCCCUGUCGACCCACCAUCCAACCGACGCAGCCGAGACAGACGACCCAGCCUGGCGGAACCUUUGCUGGGACAGUGGACCACCCUUGGCAGUGCUACGCGCCGCCGCAUCCUCCAGUCACUUCUAUCGACGCUCGAAGUGCGAGAUCCCGAAGCAAGGUUCCGCGCCUCGCGUGCCUUGCUAUAUCUACUCCAAGGCGCUUUUGCCGACACCGCCGGUCCUCCGCAUCAGCUCCAUUGGCUGAAUGAAAAUGCACGCAUGGUCCGAUCGCUUGGCGGUCUCGGCGAAAUUUACUCGGCCAUCAAGCUAGCCAGCUGGAAACACGACUAUCUCAGCUCGCUGCCUGACCACAUCCCUGCGCACGAGCCCAGUCGAGCAGGUCAACAUGGUCCCGCCAACGCACCCCUCCUCACACCAGAGGCCAAGCUUGAGUACCUCGACGAGAUCAACCUCGAGCUCGCCCUCCACUUUGCACAGCUCUAUUCGCUCCUCGAGAGUUCCAGAGGCCAGGAUGAAUGGGGCGAUGAGCUCAUGAGCCUCGAUCCGCCUCUUCCCAUCUUUCUAUUUGGCUUGGUCGCCUCAUUGCGCGAAAAAAGUGCCAAGGGUUACCCGGUCAAGAAGCUUCUUCUCUUACUCUGGAAGUCGCUCCUCUCAUGCUUCGGUGGCAUCAAAGAUGUCGAGCGAUGCAAGCUCUUGGCCCGUGAGAUUGAGGGUCUUGGUCCCAUAGACACGUCGGCCAAACGCAACGUGCUCAAGUCCGAUCCCCUCGAUUUCCAAGACUUUCAGCACGAGAUCUCGGUCAAGUAUCCCACUUUCGAGCCACCAAAGUGCCAGGAUAACGACCUUCCUCUCGACAAGCUUGCCAGCGCUAUCCAUCCCAUCCCACCUCGUAAGCCCUUCAACAACCACAUGGAUGCCUACGAUCGCGGCUAUCCAGCUGGCCCACAGCAAGGCCCCAACGGCAUGCUCCCCGGCACGCCUGCUCCAUCACCACCUCCCUCGCCCAAGCCGAACAAGGCGAAAUAUCAGACCGAUCAGACCCGACCCUUUAUCUUUCCCUACGGCCGCCAAGUUCACGGUCCGGGUCGUUUGGUGCCGCGCAGCAUCGAUGAAGCGUCCAAGUUGUACACCGAGCACAUGCAUGUCAGUCUUGAGCUAUGGCAGACGUGGCGCGUGCGUGAACAGUGCAUUCAAGAAGAAAGUGGUGUCAGCAAUGCCGCCGACGGUACUCGCAUCGGUCUCGGCGUCAAGCAAUCCGCUGCCAAGGCCUUUGUCAAUCGCACCGACGCCGCCUCCUCCUCGCAAGGCAGUCGAAGCCCCGUCAGCUCGGAAGCUUUUCCCAACAGAAGCAUCUCGGAGCGCACCUUUAAAGUCAAAGGUGAAGCCACAUACGAGCAUCUCGUUGAGAUUGAAGAGGACAUCGAGGCGGAACUGCGUGCCGUCGAGGCUGAUCACAUGCUUGCGGCGCUUGACAAUCCACGCCAUACGGAGCUCAUCGAUCAGCUGGCGCAGAAACGCGCCGACGUUCGACGUUUGCAGCGCGUUGACCAGCUGUACCGCGCCGUGCUACCGCAACUCCAGUCCAGCGUGAUCGUGCUUCUCAAGCUUCUUCUUGCGACAGUUACUUCGAUCAACACCAAUUCGGCUCACGCUGCAGCCAUUGCUGAAGGCGCUGCCAUCGACGAAGCGCCUCCUCCAACGCUCGAAGACGUCGAUGUGGCACGACAUCGCGAAAUUCUCACCAAGGCUGUCUCGGCGAUCCUACUCCUGUGCCUCAAAUGGUUCAAAGCGAGCCACGUAAUGAAAUUCAACUACCUUUCACAGGUGUUAGUUGACAGUAACGUCUUGCUGCUCAUCUUGAAGAUCUUUGGUCUGCAAGAGAUCGCGCACGGCGUCAAGACCAAAAACGAAGCUGACAAUUUCCGCUUCUUCAACUAUUGCUAUCUCAAUGGAGGCAGGGAAGCUCGCGGAGCUCGGGCAGAAGACUCGCUCAUGUCGCGCCACAACAUCAUCGGUCCUGUCGCCAUCAAUCCUGGAACAACGUCUCCGCCACCCGGAAAAGUCACCACCAUGCCAGAUGGGACCGAAAUCGAAGUCGUCAGCGACUAUUCUUGGCGAAAUUUUUUCUCGAGCAUCAACUUUACUCGCAUCCUGCAGAAGUUGACGAAGCGAAAGGUGCAUCGAAUUUUGCUGCUCGUUCAGUACAAGAGCUCAGCGAUCCUCAAGAGAUCGUUGAAAGUGCCGCAUCCGGGGUUGGAGCUGUAUGUGCUGAAAGUGAUCAAGAGCCAGAUCCCGUUUUGCGGGAGGAAAUGGAGGCAGAGCAACAUGCGGGUGAUCACAAGUAUCUAUCUAAACUGUAGGCCGGAUUUACGAGAUGAAUGGUUGAGUGGGAGCGAUGUUGAGGCUGACGUGGAGGAUUCGUUGCCUCAAGAGCAGGCGUUAAGGUCGUUGGUCAAGUUUUACAAUCACACGAGAUUUGGGCCACCGCUUGGGACACAUGGAGAAGCGGGACAAGGUCACAAACGGUCGAUGAGCACGAGUGCGGAUCGACACCAACACGAGCAGCAUCAGCAAGGAGGCCAACAGCAGCAGCAUGAGCAGCAUCAAGCAGGACAGUACCACCACCAGCAGCAGCAGCUACUGCAAGGACAACAAGCGGGGCAGUCGCAACAGUCACAGUCACAAGACCCUUCGCAGCAAGCAUCGCAGCAACAAGGAGGCACCGGUGGUUCUUCGAAUGGCGAUGGUAGCGGCAACGGCAGUAACGAGCAAGGCUCGCAUCCAGCAGCACUUUCGCCGACACGCACAUCCUACGGUCCGUCAUUCUUCGAGAGCGAUGUGUUGCCACCAUUGCGUCGAUCGCACCAGACAUCUGCGCCUGGAGGCUACAUUCCCGACGACGUAGUUGAAGGAUAUCUUGACACGUACGAGGAUGUAUUGGGUGAGGUGUUUGGCGAGAAUGUCUUCUACCCUUCCGGCGAAGCUGGACACGAUGGUACGGGUGGUAAGGAAGGCGAUGCUCAAGAUGGACAAGGUGACGCCAGCGACUCUGGUUGGAGCUCGGGUAAGUGGGGAUUGACUGCGCAGGGAUCGUCCACCGCCUGGGCAAGGCUGGGUGAGAUUUUGGGCGAAACCCCGGAUUCCGAUACGUCGAGUCUUCACUCUGCAGAUUCGAGCUCGAUCGCCGACUCGAGCUCUGCUACUGACGAUGCGGACGGUGUGAGGGACGAGAACCGUAAUGAUUGGGAACAUCUUUCGCCCAAAGAAAUGCGCUAUCUUUCCUCGGGAGUUUUAUCUCCGCCUUCGCCAUCGCCCAUCCCCUUGAUGGGUAGGCAACAACCCUCGCCCCUGCAUUCGCCUCGCAUGGGCCACUCUCCACUUUCCGGAGGAUCCGCCGUAGACAUGACACCGGGAUCUCCGGUACGGCCAUUUACGAUCUCUGGUGUGGCAGCCAACGGUGGUGGCAGUGGAAGUCGUCCGGGUAGCAGAAGGAACAGUAGGAGCAACUCGGACUCGAGCCCGUUGAGACCUGUGCUUACGGACUGGAAGAACGACGACGAGUUGGACGAACUGGAUCUGUUGGCCAAGACGGAGAUGGAGCAGGUGGAUGAGGGAGAUGGCGAGGAAGACAUGGUAGGCGUGGCGGGUGAGGGUCCUCUGCCGCUGCAGCAUAGGAAGGCGGGUGGCAUUGAUGAGGUCGAACAUAUCUUUGGUACGUGA